AUGGCGUAUAUAGAAACACCGAUACCAGUGAAGUCCACAACGAAAUUGAAAUCAAACCCCUUCCAUAUAAAGAGACCUAUGAACGCUUUUAUGGUGUGGUCGCGGUUGCAACGCAAGAAAAUAUCAAUGAUGAACCCGAAGUUGCACAACUCGGAGAUAUCCAAAAGGUUGGGCUUGGAGUGGAAAAGCUUGAACGAGUCUGAGAAGAGACCCUUUAUAGACGAAGCUAAACGGUUAAGAAUAAAACACAUGCAGGAUUACCCGGAUUAUAAAUAUCGGCCGAGGAGGAAGAACCGUCUGGAGGCGGCACAAUUCACAAACCCUGUAUAUACCACGAGGGAGACUUUCUUAGAAGUAGAACCUCGUGCAGACCAAAGUUACCAGAUACCAUUGACUUAUUCUGACCAAUUCGUGUACAACAACAUGAUAAGUUACACGGUGCCAUCUAUAUCGCAGGCUACGUUCGUUCCUGCCCCGAUGAGGCCCAAAGAGGAUGCCUUGCCGAGUCUGGACUUGAGACCUUUACCCUCCAUAGAGAGUAUAUCUCCGAGACCUUUUACAGUGGUGAAUCAACAAAUGAUGGUGAAGGCUUAUCAGGAUUUGCACUACGUUCCGAGUGAAGUCGCCAGGAUGUCGUACCACUAUCCUUUCGGGGUUCAGUAG